CGUCUCCUCCACGGACCCCCCAAAAAUCCCAAAUUGCCGACGGAACCCUAGCUCCGGUGCUACUGCCAGAUCAGGACACCUCCUCCGGCGGAAUCGGCGGCUCCUUCCCGGCGCCACACCUCGGAGGCCUGCGCUGCUCGGCGCUUCCUUCCCCCCUCGCGUCCUUCCUCCGGCUACGCCUUCAUGAUUCGCGCCGCUCGGGUCCGAGGGCUCUGGAGCUUGCUGUUGCUGCCGUCCUCCGAUAGUCACCUCUACCUGCCGCAGCCGCGUAUCCCGCAGUUAUGAACAGAGGGUAGUAUUUCUUCAUCGCCCUUCUGGCCUGCACUGUCUUGCCGCACCACCACCCGCACUACGGCUCUCCCGCUUGUCCGAAGGCGCUCCCGGACCAGUUAGUGAUGAAUUACCAAAGGAUACCAGCGAGCAGCGUCCGGCACUCCAAGCGUCACAUCAACCAACUUGAUGGUGUUAUCUGUUCAUGUGCAAAGCAGGACGAUUACGCCAUCAACAGGUACCGGACACGGACUCUUCUGCCCUCCUUUGCCACUGUUGUGUCAUGUUCGAGCACGGCAUCAACUUGUGACGGACACGAACUCCACAUGAACUCCCUCCUUUGCCACAUAAUAGGCAUCGAGCGCUCUACGGAAGCAUCCAAUCUCGCUGUUCUAACAACUUCGCCGGAAAUACAGACCGCCAGUGCUCCAGCUGAGGUUGUUUCUCGAGUAUUUCUUAUUGCAGACCAUGCUGUAGAGACACACAAACCGUACGGCUGCUUUUGCUUUGUUACAUUUUCAGAUCUGCAGAUAGAUCCGCUGAUGGAUUUAAGUUUUCAUUCACCAACUUCAAAUACUCAAUUCCUCGGAGAUGAGGAUCGUUCUGCAGCUCAUAAGUCGUACACAACGUGUGAUCGUUUCUACCGUCCAAAUGAAUUUUUAUAUUCAAUAAAUUUGAGGCUGCCUCGAAGCCUCCACCAAGAGUAGAAAGGCGCAAUGUUGGACUUAAUCGGCAGAAGCAAUUGUACUGACCUGCUACUUCAUUACUUAAUUAACUAGUUUCGGAUAGGUGAAUUUCUUGUUUACCAUCCUACAACAUUUCUGCGAGAGUAAGGACAAUUCGUGUUUUUAUGUAUGUACCAAGCUGGGAUUGCUAUAUAUUGUUUGUGUUGUCCAUCAUACUACCCAUUUCUUCAACCUUGCUUUGCCAGAGGUAUCAUUUACUUAUUGAUAUGCUUGAAAAGUUUUUUUUUCUGUAGUUGUUUCCGGCAUAAUCUUCUACAAGUGAAAUCAUAUUGUUCUGUUAAUUAAUAUUUUCAUUUGAUUAUGAGGAUUGAGGCGUGAGUUUCAUGAUCCAGCACUCCAGUAUGAUGUUUGUGUUGAUCCGUCCUCUUAUUUCUAACGAGGUAAGCUAGAUGACUGCUAGCACUAAAUUUACAUUAGAUAGUUUUUUCUUAUGUCGACAUAUAUACUUAAUCUCAGUUGCCGUAUGUUUUUUUGCUGCCAUGGUAGGCCAAAUUUUAAUUUUAGGUUGUAUUGUGCUAUGGUUUUCAUCGUCCUCUCAGCUAAUGGGGUGGUUUGCAAUAGUGGCAUGUUCAGUUUCCACCAUAUAACUAAACUAUAUUAAUGUACAUUGGAUGAAUUUACCACUGUUUCAUUACCAGCUCUUUCUCUAUCUAUCAACUCUAUUGGAUCCUACCAAAUCUUUGUAAAUCAGGCAAUCCAACAUGAAAUGAUAAAAUUCAGGAUUUACUGAGGGAAGAGAGUAUAUCCAAAUUUUGCUGCCACGAUAGGCCAAAUUGUAUUGUGCUACAUAUUUUCAUCUUCCUGUUCAAUGUCCACUGUAUAACUAAAGUAUAUUCAUGUACAGCCGUAUGAUUUUACAACUGUUAGUUACUAGCUCUUUAUAUGUUCACUCUAUUGGAUUCCUCAAGAUCUAUGUAAAUCAAGGAAUCAAGUAUGAAACAGUAAAAUUCAGGAUUGACCAAGGGAAGAGAGUGAGGUUUACGAUAAGGAGGCAUGUGCAGAAACAACAAAGAACCAAGGUAGCACAUACUUGCACUUUGGAAUUGAAUUUUCAGUUGUUCGACAUGUACUAACAUUCAGAUUAUCCAGUAAGUACGGUGCAUUUAAUUAUGCAGCACAACACCAAGCCUUGCAAUAUUAAUGUAAGUUAGCGAGCUUCAUGUCUAGCAACAUAGAUCCAUGUUAUAUUGUUUAGGUAACAAUGAUUGUUCUUCUGAUCAGCAAGUGUACCAGUUGCUUUCUUAUUUGGUCGAUGUGCAACAUAUAUGCCUCAAUUCUGAAUGGACAAUUUUUAUUUGAUCUUUUCUUUACAGUGAGAAUAAAGCUUAUGCUGCCAUCAUAUUUUCUCAUUGCUGUUGCAAGCUCUCCACAUGUAUGAAUUGACAACAUCUAUAGAAAAAUACAUGAAAAAGAGACAUAGAUUUUAUCUCGAGAUUUAUGGUUAAAGAGGAAAAAGAAGAAAACAGGAUUCAGCUGAAUUUCUAGUAUUCAGAUUCACCACUAAGAGACGGAGAUUUGCUUACUUCACAUUUGGAAUAAGUUGACAUUGAUGGAUUCACUUGAGUUGAAGUUCACUUUCUUUUCUUUAAGCAUGUAGUCAUUUUCGUUAUAUUUCAUCAUUUUUCUUUUGUAGGUUAGUGUAAAUUAUGACACCAUGUAUACGGAAUUUUGUUUUGAUUAAUCUUAGAGGAGUGCCUGAUGAGGAAA